AUGCCAAAAGCCAGAGUCGGCCCGGAGAAUUGGCCCACAUCCUUACCAUAUCUUUCGGCUUCGAUCCUCAGUCCGGAUGUACCCAAAGACACAUUGUCGACAAAAGCUCUGAGCUCGCCGUCGUUGGAAGCAGACGUCGCCACCAUUCCUCCUCCGCAGACGCCCUACUCCAACAUUUGCAUCACCCCGAUCAACGACCCAGCUCAUCCGGCAUGCGGCCAAUGUGGACUCUUUACUACGCAGGUACAUGCUCCAGACAGUUUCAUCUGCCUCUACCUCGGCCUUGUCCACUCUACGCAAGCUGAGCCUUCCGCCGCCUUUACAGACUACAACUCUCAUGAGCCCAAGUCCGACUAUGAUCUCUCGCUCGACCGCGACCUAGGUCUUGCCAUCGAUGCUAACAACAUGGGCAACGAGGCUCGCUUUAUCAAUGACUAUCGUGGCAUUGCCGACCGACCCAAUGCCGAAUUCCGGGAUGUCAUCGUCAAAGCCAAGAACGGAAAGAGAGAGCGAGGCGUGGGUGUGUUUGUUAAGGCUGCCAAGAGGGACAAAAAGACUAAAUCGAAGAGACAAGACGACAACGGCAUCAGCAAAGGUGCGGAGAUCCUGGUGAGCUAUGGCCGAGGCUUCUGGAGCGCGAGGCGCGCGGAGGCUGAAGAGGCAACUCAAGCGACCACCGACGCUUCUCUCGAUGGAUACAGCUGA